AUGACUGCCGAUACCCUCCUCACGCCACAUGGCGACUACACAGCACCGGCUUCGCCAACAAUGAACGGCAACCUCAAAGCCAAGGGUAUCGUCGUCUUUUCCGGCGGCAGCGCUGCAAAUAACUUGGUCGACGUGUUCAAAACGGUGCGGGAGGACAAGAAGUGCCCGCUUAGUUAUGUCAUCCCUAUCAGCGAUAACGGUGGAAGCUCGUCGGAACUGAUCCGUGUCUUUGGUGGCCCAGGUAUUGGCGAUGUACGAAGCCGUCUCGUCCGUCUUAUCCCAGAUGAUCCAGAUCACGACGAUAGCGAAAAGGCAGCUAUCAAAACGUUCUUCAACCAUAGGCUGCCUAAGGAACGAUCUUUAGCCCGGGAAGAGUGGCUGCAGAUUGUGGAGGCCGAGCACGCACUGUGGACCAAUAUUUCUACUGCGAAGAAAGAACUAGUACGGUCCAUGUUGAAUGUUGUCGCGUUCGAGAUCGUAAAGCGACGGCGGCCUUCCUCCAGUUUCGACUUUUCUGGCGCAAGUAUUGGAAAUCUAUUUCUGACUGGUGCUCGACUCUUUACCGGAUCAUUUGAAUCCGCAAUUUAUCUGCUCUCUAGCAUCUGCUCAGUACCUAGCCACACGUCUGUCCUCCCCGCAAUCAACACCAACUUCACGCAUCACAUUUCUGUUGGCCUAGCAAAUGGAGAAGUAAUCACCGGUCAAAACUCUAUAUCACAUCCUUCCAUCUCGACAGCCCUGGUCUUCGGUGGCGCACCUACAGAAAUUGACGAAACAGAGCACCACGACAGCAUCGAAGACGCCAACCUACCCGGAUCUCUGCCCACACUUCGGAAACAGUACAUCACCUUCUCGAAAGCCGACGAAGAAGAACUUCCCGCGAGGAUUGAGCGGCUAUGGUACAUCAAUCCAUAUGGCCAAGAAAUCCGUCUCUCUGCCAACCCCAUGGUGCUGAACUCAUUAGCGGAGGCGCAGGCCGUUGUAUACAGCAUCGGCUCACUCUACACAUCCAUUAUCCCCUCUCUCAUCCUCAAAGGAGUCGGCGAAGCCAUCAGCAACUCUAUCCGCUACAAAAUUCUCAUCCUCAACUCGACCAUUGAUCGCGAAACAGGGCCAUGUUCGAAUCCAUACACAGCGCUGGACUUUGUAGCAGCCAUCGCCAAGGCAGGUGAGGAAUCAAAAGGCGUGUUUGAGCCACUUGACAAGGCAAAGUACAAGAAUUACGUCACGCAUGUUAUUCAUUUGCAGGGGCCGGGGACGCCGGCUGUUGACAAAGAUGAACUUAGGAGGAUUGGUAUCGAGGCUAUUCGCGUGUAUGGGAGGAGAAACGAGGGCGAGGGGUUCGUUAGGUACGAUGAAAGAGGCUUGAUUCAGGCGCUUGAGGUUACGAUGGGGAAGAGGGACCCGAGGGUGCCUAGUCGACGGAAUACAUUGGAAGGACCGGCGGGGUGA